AUGGACCAAGCUCGAAUGAGCAUCGAGGGAUCCAGGCGGGAGUCGGAGGCACACCACAAGCUCGAGGUCGUCCUGUCCCCCGAUUGCAGUAACCGUCGCAAAUCGUCGCUCGUCGUGGCGGAUGGAUCCAGAUCCCGACCCAAUGUGGAUUGCUCGGAUGAAAAGACCGCUUGCUUCGUGCAUUCGCUCAUCGCGGGGGAGUGGCUGGCGCCGAAGAGGGAGCAUCAGCAGGAGCAGCACAGCGCAGUCGAGUCCGAAAGCGACGACGAGGAGGAGGUCCAUGCCAUUGAAAAGAGCGAUGACGAAGAGCCAGAUGUGUCGAUCAAGGUGCAGUCGCGACAGCUGACCAAGCGGCAGCUGUCGGACAUGGCGUGGAACGUGCGCAAGCUGUCCAAGCGGCUCGACAGCAUUAAGCUGAAGCUGACGGUGCAGUCCGUCUUCGUGGUGACCAAGGCGGGCGACGAGUCCGUUAUUGGACUGACGCGCGAGCUGACGCGGUGGCUGCUGUCGCCUGAGCGCGAGAGGCGGUACGUCGUGUACGUGGAGAAGCGACUGGAGACGGAGCCGCAGUUUGGGGCAUCGAAGCUGCUGGCGGAGGAGCCGUCCGCGAAGGACCGUUUGCGAUACUGGGAUACUCAGUUCGUGCAGGAGCAUGCGCACCGGGUUGAUUUUGCGAUCACGCUGGGCGGCGACGGCACCGUGCUGUAUACGAGCUGGCUGUUCCAGCGUGUUGUGCCGCCUGUGCUGUCUUUCGCGCUGGGCUCGCUCGGCUUCAUGACUAAGUUUGACUUCAAUGAUUACCGGGAUACACUGAGCACGGCGUUCCGUGAAGGUGUCAUUGUUAGUCUGCGGUUGCGUUUCGAGUGCACUAUCAUGAGGAGCAAGCCGUUGCCGGAUAACACGCCGGAGAGCCACCGCAAGCGGGACCUGGUGGAGGAAUUGAUCGGGGAAGAGCCCGACGAUACUUUGACCCAUCAGCCAGGCAAGGUUGUCCAGAUCUUGAACGAUGUCGUGGUGGAUCGAGGGCCCAAUCCGACCAUGUCAUCCAUCGAGCUCUUCGGCGACGAUGAGCACUUCACGACUCUCCUCGCCGACGGCGUCUGCAUCGCCACGCCCACCGGCUCAACAGCGUACAACCUCGCCGCCGGGGGCUCCCUCACGCACCCCGACAACCCGGUCAUCCUGGUCACCGCGAUCUGCGCGCACACGCUGUCCUUCCGACCGAUCAUCCUCCCGGACAACAUCGUGCUCCGCAUGGGCGUGCCGUACGACGCGCGCACCAGCUCGUGGGCCAGUUUCGACGGACGACAGAGGAUCGAACUCAACCCCGGUGACUACGUGACGGUCUCGGCGUCUCGAUUCCCGUUCGCAAAUGUGCUGCCCCCGCGACGAGGCCGACGCGGCGACGACUGGGUGCACAGCAUCUCCAAGACACUAAACUGGAACUCGAGAGAGCGGCAACGGGUGUCGAAGUAACAUCAGUUUAACCGUCGGACGAGUGACGAGUUGCAUUGGGUUUCAAGACGGGUUUGCAUGGUUAUGGACUGAAAAUACAUGCUAGUAUAUAGCAUGAUCUGUUGAUGGUGUACUAUAGGAUAGGCUUGGUGAUUUUAUGAAUAAUAGUGAUGAUCUACGAGUAUGAUAGAAAGAAAAGCCG